UUCUGUUUAACCUUCCCUCCCUCCCUCUUCAUUUCCAUACCAAAAACAGCCAUGAAUGACUCCUCGAGCGGUCAAAGCAGCAAUAUUCCGGCGCCGCUGAGCCGGUACGAGUCGCAGAAGAGGAGGGACUGGAACACCUUCAGGCAGUAUCUGAAGAAUCAUCGGCCGCCGGUUUCCCUCUCUGAGUUCAAUUACAGCCACGUGGUGGAAUUCCUGAGAUUCCUCGACCAGUUCGGGAAGACUAAGGUUCACAUGCAUGGCUGCGUCUUCUUCGGGCAGCCCAAACCCCUCGCGCCCUGCACCUGCCCGCUAAGGCAGGCGUGGGGCAGCCUAGACGCCCUCAUCGGGCGACUGAGGGCUGCCUACGACGAGAACGGCGGAUCGCCGGAGUCGAACCCCUUCGGAAAUGGAGCGAUUCGAGUCUAUCUGCGCGAGGUCAAGGACUGCCAGUCCAAGGCCAGAGGGAUUCUUUUUAAUAAGAAGAAGAAGAAGAAGAAGAAGAAGAAGAAAGGGAGAAUAUGGAAUCAAACCGCUUGAAACCGAGGAACCCAAACAUGUGAGACAACAUUUGAGGAAAUUAUGUAAUUAGUCUCAACUUGAAGUGGAUGGAGCAAGAAGGUUGAGAGAAUAUGUAGGCACACGCAUGAAAGUCUGGGUAUGAAUAACCUACAACUUGAAGUAAGUAAAACUGCUAGAUCAAGAGCUUUUUUACAUACUACUAUUGUAGUUGUAGUUUAUAUAUAAAAUAUACAUAUAAUAAAGUUUAAUAUACUAAAAGCAUGUUUGGUAGGAUAGAUAACUCAUCUAAAUCAGUUAUCUACCUUACCAAACAUGCGCUAAGUAUACAUAUGUUGUAGUUUAAUGAUAUUGAAAUACCAUUCGAAUUAUUGGUGGUUUCGUCUUUCAAGCUUACAAGAUCGAUAUGUCUAGUUUAAAGUGAAUGUGUUAGUCCUCACAAUCGAGGGGUUUGUGUUUGUUGCAUGGAAUCAUGGAAAAUUUUCAUAGAGAGUAUUGUACAAGAUUCUCCUCCAGAUUGUGUAAUAGAUUCCAUUUGAAAUUUCGUA